GGGGGUGCGCCUGGCCGCCAUUUUGUGUGGCCGCCGGGAGGGCGCACGGUUGUUUCCGGGUUGGAGGGCCCGGAGGAGAGCAAAGGCUGCGGGUUUUUAUGAGUGACCAAAAAUUCUCUUUACGCUGAGCCAGCAGGGAGUGGGGUGAAGAUGCCAAUACCUCCUCCACCUCCGCCGGGACCACCCCCGCCCCCCACUUUCAAUCAGGCGAACACUGAGCCCCCGAAACUGAGCAGGGACGAGCAGCGAGGGAGGGGAGCCUUGCUGCAAGACAUCUGCAAAGGGGCCAAGUUGAAAAAGGUGACCCAAAUCAACGACCGGAGCGCCCCCGUCAUCGAGAAAUCCAAGGGGUGUGGUGGCGGCGGUGGUGGCAGCAGCAGCUACGGUUCCAGCGCAUCGCCCCUGCAACCAAAGGGAGGUCUUUUCCAAGGUGGCGUCCCCAAGCUGCGACCUGUAGGAGCAAAGGACAAUUCAGUUCCGGACAGCCCCUCUGGGAAACAGUCCUUACACGUUCCGGGGUCCAGAGCAGCCGCACCGCGGCCACCGGCAUCCGCUUCCAGCAGCCGUCACCAAGAUGACAGCGACAGCAGCCGUGCUUCCCCCCCGGAGCUUCCUCGCAUGCAGAGGCCCUCCUUGCCAGAUCUCUCGCGGCCAAACAGCACCAGUGGCACCGGCAUGAAACACAGCUCGUCAGCUCCCCCGCCUCCGCCACCAGGACGCCGCGCCAACGCCCCUCCCGCUCCCCCGUCCAUGCACAGCAGCAGCAAAGCACCUUCCUAUAACCGUGAGAAGCCAUUGCCUCCGACCCCGGGACAGAGGCACCCGGGAAGCCGGGACGGACCUCCAGCUCCUCCGCCCAUCAAGCCGCCCCCUUCCCCGGUGAAUGUCCGGACGGGACCAAGCAGUCAAGGCCAGUCUCUGGCCCCCCCUCCGCCGCCUUACCGGCAGCCCCCGGGCGUCCCCAACGGCCCUGCCAGCCCCACCAACGAGUCUGCCCCUGAACUUCCACAGAGACACAAUUCCUUGCAUAGGAAGACCCCGGGGCCCGUGAGGGGCAUGGCUCCGCUCCCACCGCCUUCGGCCUCCCCUUCUUUGCAAAGCAGCCGGCCCCCUCCUCCUGCCCGGGACCCUCCAAGCCGAGGCGCAGCCCCUCCGCCGCCGCCACCCAUCAUCCGGAACGGUGGCAGAGAUGCGCCUCCCCCUCCCCCGCCCUACAGAAUGCACGGGUCUUCAGAUCCCACGAGCCGCGGGAAACCGCCCCCACCGCCUGCCAGAACGCCAGUCGGGCCGCCCCCCCCGCCUCCACCAAUCAGAAACGGGCACCGGGACUCAAUCUCCACCGUCAGGUCUUUCUUGGAUGACUUUGAAUCCAAAUAUUCCUUCCAUCCAGUUGAAGAUUUCCCAGCUCCAGAAGAGUUCAAGCACUUCCAGAGGAUUUAUCCCAGCAAAACAAACCGAGCGACUCGUGGGGCCCCACCUCUGCCUCCCAUCCCCAGGUGAAAAGCAGCAGCCGGGCAUCGUCGUAUGGUGCCAAAACAAACGGACCUGUUUUCCUCCCCUCGGGUUCUCCUCCUCCUCGUCCCCGAGAAACCUGCAUGACAAACACACUCCUGCCGCCGUUCAUUUUUUUUGUUUGUUUGUUUCCUUCCCACCCCCGGCCAUCGCAAGAACUGGGCGAAUCCACCAUCUCGCACUCCACCUAUGCAUUUCACACCCGGACUUGAAACGGACGUCUCGAUACCGGCAGCUGGGUGAGAGCUCUCCUCCACCGAUCUCAGAUGGCUUUCUUUGCUUUUUAUGCUGCUCACGUCAUGUAGGGAAGGUUCACAGACCGCGGGCUCUGGAGAAUAGGGGCACGAGGGACCGUUUCCCAGAAAAGCAAGGCAAACAUAGCUUUGGAACUGUGGGCCAGAUUGGGAUGACAACUCCUAGACUGUCGGGGGGGUUUUGUGCUUUUUUGGCCUGCGUUGGGGAAAAGAAAACGGCUGCGAAUCGAAUGAAAAGGGGAGUUUUCUGAUUUUAUUUUGAAGCGGCGCAGCAUUAAAAACGGUAUAUCUAACUCGGACACUACAGGCGCGGACACUGCAUAACUUUACUAACUCGUUAAAACCGUAUAACUUGAAAAAAAGAGAGGGCAGGAAGUGGGGUGCCAGCAGCAUGCUCCUGAAGCACAGUCUGAAUCGGGGAAGAACACGAACGGGGUCAAGGCAGCCUGAGAAAUUUGGGGUCCCGCCUCAUCCUACAGGCUUGGGGGGGGACCUCCUCUUGAGUGGCUGCUCCCCUUCCCCUGGAGGCUCGGGCCUCCCCGUAGCCAUCUUGCAGAGCCCUGUGGAAGAUCAAAGUCCCACCUGUGAACUGAGUGUUGGGGCCUGCAGCCCCAUUUCCUACAAUGCGUCUAGUUUAUUAAUACCAGGAUGAGAGCCACCCUUGGAAGCAGCAGAGGGGAAGGGGCAGCAGCAAGCCGAUGGCCGGAGUGUAGCAGCGUUGAAGGUGGGUGGCAGCAGAAAGCUGGCGUGGCCGUCUAGUGGUGCAGGUAACCAUUGCAUGGGGGUAGGCUUACGUGUGCCUUUAACCCCCCCCCUCCCCCUCAAAAAAAAUCAAACCCGUGCACACUUGCUAGCUUCCCUUUGUUCCGAGGGGUGGACGGACAUGACUAUUCAUCUGCCUUGAGGAUUUCUGUGAAACGUUGAAAGACGGUCAGAUUAAGAAGUCUUCUGCUCUGGUUAUUAGCAGCUCACUCCCUUUGUGGCUCCCCCCCCCCUUCAAUUAAAGUCUGAUUAUUUUUUAAAUGGUUUAAUGUGCUUAAAUGAUCCUAUUAGCUACUGUGGGAGACAGAGGUAUGGAGUGUGCUUUAUUUGGGGAGGGGGUCAGUUGCGCACAGCGGUCAGCACUUCGGCAAUGACUUCUUGCGUUGGAGGUUGGAGAGAACGCGUUAUUCCACUAAAUGGAGACUUUGCAACACUGCCUUGCUGUUUUGAGAUCAGAGCAGUGCUGCGUCCCCAUUUAACCUUUUCUCGGUACCAGAGAAGGUGCUCGUGUUCCAGCGGCAGGUUGCAGACGCCCUUCUCGAUGCAUUAAUUUGCCGUACUGAAAACAGACCUGUUAGGGACCAUUCCUCUGUGCCACUUGCCCCCUAAGUCUCCGUGCAUGCAGAGCAUGCUGGGAAAAUCACUAGACUGUUUUCCAUCACGCCUCAUUCCAGACCAGAGUCCUGCAAAUGGAAUUCUUUCCCUCCCUUCCUGUCACCGUCUCAUUCAGACUCUGCGGACAAUUACGCCGCACCAAAACCUGGCUUGCUGGUUGUUUGGGAGGUUUGUUUUGCCUUACACACUACUUCCAUCAUGCGACCGGUACCAGAUUUAUUAUUACGAUUAUUGUGUACAUUUACUCUUAAAUAACUUGGGGAUUGGGGAAAUGUGUUAUAAUCAUAAAUAUUGAUCUAUUUUGUAUGUUGUAAAAAAAAAAGUUUGUAAUAUAGGAUCAAGGUGGGCUUUCCUGGCUGUACACUGCAAAAGUUCUCACCUUCUUAUCUUUUUUUUUUUCCUUCCUACAAUGAUGGAAAUUUUGUCUGCUUUUACGUUUUAACAACUGGGCAGCCCCUCAUGUUGAGGGCCGGUGCUUAGUUUGAGGAAUUCCUUUUUUUUUUUUUUUCUUCCGGAGGAAAAUUAAAUCUUGCCCCAGCGUAGCUGCCUGGGAGAAGAAGUUAAAUGCACUGUGCAUUUGGGGACGAUACGCUUUUGAUUAAUUUUUUUAAAAGAAAGUUCUGUUCCUUGUAACAUUUAGCUUCCUGUAAACGAUUCCUUUGGGGAAGUGACUGUGAAGGGAGUUUCCUAAACUUGAAACGGCAGUGUAAUUAAAACUUAAUAAAAGAGGCACGUGUGUGUGUGUGUGAGAGAGAGACUUGCGUGUUCUGGGCCAAAGCACUGCUUUGUUUUGUUCCCUUCCUCCCCCUUCGUUUUCUGUAGGUGUGGUGGUUUCUAUUGCCAGGGGAAAUCAUGUUUCCCCUUUUCUUACUGACCUCAGAAGUUGGGAUUUUGUAUUGCUGCAGGUGGUGGUAUCCUUUCCCAAGGGCUUUUUUUUUUCUAUAGCAGGAACUCCUUUGCAUAUUAGGUCACACCCCUCUUAUGUAACCAAUCCUCCAAGAGCUUACAGGGCUCAUUGUAAGCUCCAGGAGGAUUGGCUACAUCAGGGGUGCGUGGCCUAAUAUGCAAAGGAGUUCCUGCUACAAAGAAAGCCCUGCCUUUUCCCCAGAAGCUCAGGGUAGAUUGAUACAGCUUUUGAAAAAGAAAGAAAGAAAAUCACCUUGAUGGCCCCCAUCACGAAGGUGAAAAAUCUCUCAAUUUGUUCUCCCAGCCUCUUGUCUUCAGUGCAUUCUAUCCAGCUUUGUGUGACAAAAGCUGCUCCAGGCAUCACAGUUGGAGACUCCAGUCCGUUCUUCCGCGUUCAACAGAAUCAAAAGGUUUUUUCCUGGAGUAUACUGCUGUAUGGGAAGGAGGGAAUGCAUCUUUGAAUACUGCCCUGCAGGGCUUUUUGUAGCAGGAGUUCCUCUGCAUAUUAGGCCACGCCCCCCCCCCAUGCAGCCAAUCCUCCUGACUUACAAAGAGCCCUCUAAGCUCUUGGAGGAUUGGCUACAUUAGGAGGCAUGGCCUAAUAUGGAGGAUAUAAAUGUGACUGUUUUUAUGCAUCCUAAAAGCGGUACAGUCCAGCAAAAGACUUCAGCAUUUUUGCUGAACGUAUGAACCCCUAACUGGAGGGGAAAGGCUAAUGAUUUAGUUGAUAAAUCUGUAUAUUUUUUUGGAACUUGCUGUUGGGGAAAAUGCAAAGGAGAGAACUUCCAGGCUGCAGACUUUCAGUCUCAUUGGCCUGUUUUUUUCUUGAUGCCCUUGCUCUAACGGAUGGGGAUCCCUGACCAGCAGAAUAAGACAAUGCACUGAAAAUGUUUGUUAGGUCAAAGGUGCAAAAAGGUUGCACACACUUAGGGCUGGCUGCAACAUGUUUUGGAUGUAAACCCUUGAGUGACUGAAAACACAAAUCUGUGUGUGUGCACAUGCGCGUGUUCCACGAUUCUGCACAAGCACAGAAACCGCUUAUCCUGGGAGAGCAUUUUUUGAAGUAACAAGCCCGAAGAAUUCAGCUACUGGAAUAUGCCAGUUUAAAAACAUAGAAAUGGAGGCUUCUGGCUUUUGGGGUUAGAAAGAGAUUUGGGGGCAUGUGUGGAGCAGUGCCUUGUGAAAUCACAGACUCCGGAAGUGUGUCUGGAAUAAGGGCACAACUGCUUUUUGUUGUCCUUCAGUUUGACAGAAGCCCCGUGGUACCUUAAAGAUGUAACUUUUGCUAUUCCAGAAUGAGCUAUUGUGAGACACAGCUCACUUCUUCAGAUACAACCCCCAUUGUCACAGAGGCUCAUACCGAAAUAAUAAACGUUUAGUCUUUACAGCGUCACUGGACUUCUGUUUUGUUACAGCAGAUCAACACAGCUACCCUUCUGGGACUUUGCACCUUGCCGUGACUUGCAGGGAGAAAUUACGCAGAGCACAAAUCACGUGGAUUUGCUCCAUAGGCCAAAUUUAGGUAUAGAUUGCCGAAGUCAGCCUUUCUUGGGAUGACAUUUAGGUUAUCCUCUUUAUCGCAGAUGUGUCCAGCCUGGCUCUAAAGUCUUCCAUUUCCAACCAGAGUGAGAAACUGUGCUAGAAUGUCUGGCUAUUGUGGAAGGGUGUGAAGAUGUCCGUAGCUGAAUAGCAAGUUGUCUCUGAGCUUUGCUCAUCGUGCCUUAAGCUCCCGGUGGGUUUUCUGAUGUCUGUUCAGAUUGUCGCAUCUUGCAAGCAUAUGUACAUCCUGUAUCUUAUGUGUUAAUGCUUUUUUUCUUAAAAAAAAAAUAACUGGAGAAACACUACUGAGAGAAUUUCUGUGGUUUUGGAAACCAGAAUUUAAGGUUUCUUGCACUCUUCCUGUGUUUCAAGUCUGCCCUCAAGAUAAAAAUUGUUCCUUGUAUCUUUUGCCUGUCUUUUGUUGGGGGGGGUGGGGAUUGGUCAAGUUUUUCCGCAGGGAGGAAUCCUAACAGUUCUUGCUUCUGACACUGUGGGCAGAAAAGUAUCCAAUUGGUGUGUUUUUCAGACGUCAUUUUAACAGGCUGCAUAAUUUUUAUAAAGUUUUGCUACCCUCCCCUCCUUAUCCCGUUACAUGAUGUGGAACUGGGGAGAACUCUCUCCAAGAAAUGUCCUUGAAUGUGACCUUCAAAGAAAUCAUUUGCUGUUCUUCGGUCUCGUCUUUGGAACUGAUGGCAGCACUUUUGCGUCCAGCUCUCCAUUCCUUAAACUGUGAGCUACCACAAGCAGAUUUGUUUCCCUUAAUGCUUUUAGGUAUUCUUUUUAUAGCAUACAUGAUCGUUAAGUAUAUAAAAAAACACUAAACGCCUCUGCCUGAAGUUUCCCCUUAAUGGGAUCUCUGAGGAGCAUCGCUAGCCAGUUUCCUCCAGUGCUCGUUUGCAGAGCGAAGGUGCAAGUCGAAAGGAUGUCUGGCUGCUCUCAGCAGAGAUAUCCAGCCUUUGUAAGCCCACAGGCAGAUUUGGAAUUCUAACAUGGCACGGCGGGCGCAGCCACGGCUUAACUUCAGCCGUGCCGAUCCUUGCGCUGCGGUAGCAGCUGUCCAAGCCCUGCAUUUUUACAAAUCUGCGUAGCCAAUCAAAUCAACAGUAAUGGUCAGAAGCCUCACUGGGCAAAAAGACCUGCCCACUUCCUUCCCCCUCAAAAAAAAAAACACACCUGGUGGUGCCCACUGACCCCACAUUGGGGGGAUCCCAUGUCAGAGGUCUUUAGUGAAGAAGCGGUAAAUUGCAAGUCGCACAGCAAGCCUUCCGAUACGGUAUACAGGUGUGGAAUUCUAGCAGAAGCUGCUUGCAUAUCCCCCUGAUGUGGCCAAUCCUCCAAGAGCUUACAAAAAAGAGCCUUUUAAGCUCUUGGAGGAUUGGCUACAUCAGGGGUGUGUGGCCUAAUACGCAAAGCAGCUCCUGCUAGAAUUUCACCCGACGGCAUACGUUCUGCCAGCAGUACAGCAGUGAGCAGAAGGAGGUGGGACUCCCAUGGUAAUCUCUUCUUUCCUCUUCAUAUCAUUAAAUCAAGUCCGUAUCCUUAAUCAGAACCCCAGUUGGGGUUUUUUUUUGUUUAAAAAGAAGCUACUACUCUUCAGUAUGUUGCUGUGCAGAGAGGAGGGGGCGGUUUAAUGUGAGAAGGGGGACUACCUGCCUGCUGAUGAGGGCUUUUAGGAAACGGGGUGGGGGCUGGAGAGGAAGGGCCUCGUUUUUACCUCCUUCCUGUCAACGUUGUACAGUGCCUCUCUUUCCUUUUGACUGUUUCACUAAUUUGCAAGACACUGUACUUCACCCACGGCAAGUGGCGCCGUCUGUACUAAAACUGUAACUGCAUCUGCUCAUGCAGAAACCGAGUCUGUGUCCACAAUCUAAUAAAUUAAUCAAACACCAA